CCCACUACGUUUGCGGUCGGCCAGAGAAGCUUGCCAUGUGGUCCAGCGCGACACAUCGACAGGCUCUUUCAUUCGAGUCUCGUCUGCCCCUCCCCCGCCACACAUCAUCACAGGUACCUGCGUGAUAGCAGGCCUAGCACGGUGAGACAUCUAGGUCGCUUGACCUGUACGCAUCAUCUGCAGUCCGAACAUCGCAGCCAUGGGCGAAGGAGAUAUCAGAAGGCCAAGCGCCGUCUAUGGCGCAUUUCCCUCAUGCUCGGCGAACGCCAUCGUCUCCCUUCCUCUGCACGCAAGACCUGGGAUCCAUCGACACACCAACGAUUAGUGACAGGCCAUACUGACCGUCGCUGCGAGACUUUCGAGCGAUUCUUCGGUAAAAUGCAGGCCCUCUGAUGGGAGUGUGAAUCCAGCUGACAUUGCAACUGGCCUAGGUAUCGUAGCCACCGGCAAUGGCAGAACCACUUCUACCCAAGAGCUACGGCACCAUGCCACGGUACCCAGCUCACGACAACUCCGUAUUCCCAUCUUCAUUACGAGGCAAGCGCAUUCUGCUCUGCACAGAAUCCUUUGGCCCCGUCAACGGCGUCAGCCGGACGACAUUGAUGCUUGUCGAACACCUGCGAUCCCACGGCGCACUCGUCGCCGUCGUGGCGCCACACAACCACACCCAGCACAACACCUUCUCUCCCGCAACAGAAGAUGACGGUCAGGUCGAAGUGCGCCUUCAGGGAUACCCGCUGCCCUUCAACCCUGAGCUCUCUGUCGUCUACCCCGUGCGAGUAUCGGCCCUCUUCGCGAGAACCUUUGGGUCGGACAGCCCGCCCGACCUGAUCUACCUCGCCUCGCCGGCGUCACUGGGCUUCCAGGUCAUGUUGCAGCUCCAACAACAGCCAAAAGAGAGACGGGUGCCGGUGAUCUGCAACUUUCAGACCGACCUGGCCGGGUACUGCGCCAUCCUCUUCCCUCAUCCGUUUAGCACCAUGGCCGUCUUCGCCUUCGCCAUGGUCCAGAGCUAUCUGUUCCAGCACGAAUCGAUCAAGACCAUCUUCUACCCCUCACGCUUCGUGCGCAAGUAUCUCGAGGCCCAGGGGGUCCAGAGCUCCAAGCUUGAGGUGCUCCGACGAGGCGUCAAAACAGAGGUGUUCCGACCAGAAAUGCGCAGCGAGGCGUUGAGGAAGCAGAUUGCGCCGAAUGGAGAGAUCAUUCUGAUAUGUGUAUCCAGGGUGGCGGGUGAGAAGGGGUUUGAUUUCCUCGCCAAGGCAGUAAAGGAACUCGAUGCAAGGGGCCUCCGUUUCAAGCUCUAUGUCGUGGGCGGGAACCGUAACACAGAAGUCGAAAGAGAGGUUCACGAGAUGUUUGACCCUCUAAGGGACCAAGGCAAAGUCAUAUUCGCCGGGUUCAAGAUCGGAGACGACCUGGCGGCGGCGUACGCAUCGGGCGACAUUUUCCUCCACUGCUCUGUCACCGAAACCUUUGGCUUGGUCGUCCUGGAGUCCAUGGCAAGCGGCGUUCCGGUAGUCGCUCGCGAUGAGGGCGGGCCAAGCGAUAUCAUCGACAAUGACCGCUCGGGAUACCUUGUACCACCCGACGACCUGGAUACAUUUGUCGACAAGGUCAUGUACCUCUCAAAAGACAGAGACUGUCGGGAGGCUAUGGCCGCGCAGGCUCGAGCGAUGGCGUGCGAGGCUACUUGGGAGAAGAUUAACAAUCAAGUCGCCUGGAGGAUGGUUGACACCAUUGAAGAGCGAGAGCGAGAAAAGGCCCAGAUUACCCAUCAGCGUUCGUCCAUCGCCAUGCAAGCCAGCCAGCUUGUACCAGUAUACAGCUGGCUGCUCAUGAACAACGCUAUGCGUGACGUUGUAGUGGGCAGAAUAGUAGAUGCCAAGCUUGUGGGCGGCUUCGGCGUCGUCAUGACUUUCUGGUUCUUUACAGGCAUGUAUCUGGCGUUUACUGAGGUGGCUCUAUGGGCCAAGGGCAAGUUGCCACGAUACUGGGGCCAGCGAGUGACGGAAUAAUGGCACGGAAUGGUUGGUUUGAUUUUCAUUCAAGGGCGCCGAUGCGAUACUCCCAGGAGCGAGACAGGUUCAUUGGUGUUUUGUGGCUUAGUAUUGGCGUUUGGCGAUGUCUUGGUAAUUUGGUAGUAUCUGCGACGGGGGCACUAGUAGCAAAUAUCUCCUUAGUCUUCCAUGGCGAUGUUUGAACUGUAAGCCUUAUCGUGUCAAUCCAGUAAUGAACCGUUGAUUUUGAGAUGAACCGAUAAUGCUUGCCGUGGUAGCCGAGUAUUCCACCACGGCCGCGUCAUUGAAGGCCCGUGAGCCACCGGGUUGACGAGUCUAUCGCCGGUGGUCCGUAGAAUACUCCUACCGAUACCGAAGAGAUAGCCCUUGUUCCCAAUGCCGCUCUCUCCUUAUUACAACGACUGUGAGCUAUCGUCAAGGGGGCCGGAAGGUGGGCGGGCGCGAUCAACCGUGCCUGGUCCGGCUGGGUCCCGAAACUGGUCGCACCAGGAGCGACCAGGAGAUGGAGGAGGCGUUUCGGGCUUCGGCCACGGUGUGGUUCUCGCGGUCGCGAUGGAACAUCGUCGCUUUUCCUCGGCGGCCAGGAACCGAAGCUCGAUGUGACCAGCCUCUACUUCGUGCUGUGGUAGCCUGUAGGUAUUCGUAGGUAAUGAUGCGGGAUUGCGUAGUGUGUGGUCUGGGCUUAUUGUACGGAUAGAGAUGUUGACAGAUCGCGGGGAUGUUUCUGAUAGAGGCGGCGAUCAAUCUUAUUCAACGGUUGACAUGUAUUGCUCUCCCACAAGCUCACCGCACCAGAUCUCCGUAUCCUAAGAUUGAGGAUGAGCCAGCUUCUCCCGGUAGAUGGGCCAUUGGGCAGGGCAUCGAGCGAAUAGGAUAAGUCUCAGGGGCGAUCAUUUUGAUGAGCAAUAGUAGGCCAGGGUUCAGACGAGAGGGAAGCCAAGCUUUUUGGUGACAGGAGGUUAAAAAUCGCAGGGGGGCAGCGACCAGAGGAUGAAACGUCGUUGUGAGGAGACUCCAGAGGAUGAGGGUCGAUGUAAUACUCUGUCGGAAGACCAAACUUGCGAGGUGUGGCUGGUGACAUCCACCUCUCCUAUCGUGGCUUGUGGCUAAGGAGUAAUGUGGCUUGCGCAUCAUUUUUGGCUGUGGCGCAGUAGGUACUUCG